UCAGACCUCAAUGGCGUCAACAUGGCUAAAUGCACCAAGAAGGUCAUGAUCAUGGGUAAAUAUGGGACCCACUACGGCGCAUCCCUCCGGAAGAUGGUGAAGAAGAUUGAAAUCAGCCAGCAUGCCCAGUACACCUGCUCCUUCUGUGGCAAAACCAAGAUGAAGAACCGCGCUGUGGGCAUCUGGCACUGUGGCUCCUGCAUGAAGACGGUGGCCGGGGGCACUUGCACAUACAACACCACUUCCACUGUCACAGUCAAGUCUGCGAUCAGAAGACUGAAGGAAUUGAAAGACCAGCAGAGGUGCCCUCUUGGAGACCUCAGCAGCCUAUGAUAAAUGGGUUAAUUUAUU